UGUACCGCCCUGCGCGCUCUGACUGCGGCUUCCACUCUCCAUUCGCCGGGGAACAGGCGCGGCUGGGCACUGGGAUGCUGAGAGACAGGAGGCUGGAGGCUGCAGCAACCACCGACUGGAAACAAGCACAGACAAACAGGCUCUGAAGAGACCGGGGGACCAUACACACUGCUGAUCGGAUAGCAUAUUGCCUCUUGUGUGUGCGCCUGAGGGGUUUUGUCCCUGCCGAGCCGCCGUAGCGAUGGGAGAUAACGUGUCCAAGCGACUGAAGCUGAUCUCGGCUACAGAGGCAGAGAUGGAGGAGCGCUCUUUCCCAAACCCGUACCCCGACUGGGACCAAGGACACCUCACGUCCAACCCCGGAGCAGACGUGGACUACAAUGAUCCAUUUGACGAGGAAGGAAAGGUGAGCGUAGCAUUCCAGAAGAAGGUCCAGAAUAAGAUCAAAGAUCUCCUCCAGCAGAUGGAGGAGGGCCUGAAGACAGCUGAUCCCCAUGACUUCUCCACGUACACCGGCUGGACGGGCAUUGCAUUGCUGUACCUCCAGCUGCACCGGGUGUCCAACGAGGCCUCCCACCUGCAGAGGGCACUGGACUAUGUGAAAAGGACCAUGAGGAUCCUGAAUGGUCGCAAAGUGACAUUCCUGUGUGGUGACGCCGGGCCGCUGGCAGUGGGCGCAGUGGUCCACCACAAACUGAACAACACUGCUGACAGCAAAGACUGUCUGUCCAGGCUCCUCCAGCUGCAGCGGUCAGUGCUCAGUCCAGACUCCGACAUCCCAGACGAGCUGCUGUACGGCCGGGCCGGCUACCUUUACGCUCUGCUCUACAUUAACAAAGAGAUAGGACCUGACACAGUGGAUGAGGACACCAUUACAAAGGUGGUGACAGCCAUCCUGGAAUCAGGGAAGAAUAUGUCAGCAGAGCAGAAAAAAACAGAUCGCUGCCCUCUGCUCUAUGAAUGGCACAAGAAGCAGUACAUUGGUGCUGCCCACGGCAUGGCUGGCAUCUAUUACAUGCUCAUGCAGCCAGGAGCAAAGGUGCAUCUAGACAUUCUGUCAGAGUUAGUGCGUCCUAGCAUCGACUACGUCCGCCACAAGAAGUUUCGUUCUGGGAACUUCCCAUCGUCGCUGAGUAACGAGAGUGAUCGCCUGGUUCACUGGUGCCACGGAGCCCCUGGUGUCAUCCAUAUGCUCAUCAUGGCUCAUAAGGUGUUUAAAGAGGAGAAGUACUUAAAGGAGGCUGCGGAAUGUGCUGAAGUGAUCUGGCAGCGGGGCCUGCUCAGAAAAGGCUACGGCAUCUGCCAUGGCACCGCCGGCAACGGCUACGCCUUCCUGUCCCUUUACAAGCUCACCCAGGAGAAGAAAUACCUGUACCGCGUCUGCAAGUUUGCCGAGUGGUGUUUGGCAUAUGGGACCCACGGCUGUCGCAUCCCAGACAGACCCUACUCUCUUUUUGAAGGUAUGGCAGGGACCAUCUACUACCUGUCAGAGAUGGCAAACCCUGAAGCCUCCUGUUUCCCUGCCUUUGAACUUUGACCUGCUAACUGAUGGGACUGAGGAUGAUGACGGGGGACGGGGACAAACUGUUCUUUGCUGGAACACUGGACUAGGAUGUAUUUGUGAUGCAGCUUUUGGUCAUGAGGGAGUAGUGACCAAAUUAGACUGAAAAUGAAGACCAGGCUCAAACUGAGAAGAGUGGGUGCAAUUGAUUGAUGUUGGGGUUAACGUAUAGUUUGGUUUAUAAAACGAAGACGUGGACCCCAUGUCUCCUCCUCACCCAUUACUAUCUAUUGCCAGCUGGCAUGGACACAGAAGAACACACUCUACCCUCAGCCUUUAAUAUUGUAGCACAUAGGCCAAGAAAGAGGGUGUGUGUGUGUGGUGUGUGUGUGUGUGUGUGGAUGGAUGCGUGUGUGUGAAGUGAACUAAAGCUGUUUUGGUAUUUCUACGCCUCUGCAUGCUCACUGUAAUUGGCUCUUGGUGCCUCGUAUCCUGUCAAUGUAGUGCUUUCCUCUUCCUGUAUUUGUAGCUUUGCUGUUUCAGCUUUCCAUUUGUCACAUAGUGGCUCUUUAAUUUCACUGAGAAGUUGAAACUGGCUUACCGCGCCAGACUUUUGUCGAGCUAACCAGUACAUCAGCUGUGAAGUCCAAUUUAAAACUACAGCAGGUAACUUUUAGUUAUAUUCUGAAAGAAGUAGUAAAUAACCUGUGAAAAAAUCAGGUUCCUCUGGCUACUCCUAGUGCUGGACUAGGACCUGAAUGAAAACAACCAAUCAGAGCCAAGGAAGAUGGAAAGGCACUUUGGGUUGGUGGCUUGAAUAUAGUUUGAAUUGAAAUCAAAAAUCAACUAUCAUUCUUAGGCUCUGAUUGGUUGUUUUCAUUCAGGUCCUAGUCCAGCACUAGGAGGAGCCAGAGGAACCUGAUUUUUUUCACAGAUUAUUAUUGUCUCUUAUUAUUGUGUCUAUUAUUGUUUUACUGUCAGGAUAUAGGGAAAGUUUCAGCUAAUAAAACAAAGGGUUAUUUUCAGAAAAAUUACCUACUGCAGCUUUAAAUUUGAUUUCUUUUUAUAAAGAGAAUAUAAGCUAUAACAAUACUGCAGCUAUUCUACAUAUUUUCUUUCAUUUUCCAAAAGACAGUGGGCCUCAUUUACAAACAGUGCAUACCCACAAAUAUGUGCCUAAACUUACGAACAAGUUUAGAACCACCUCAGACCAUGUGUGAGCAAAACUGCAUUCAUUAAAAAUAGCUAUAAUAGACAACAUUUUAAAGCGUUAAUUUUCUAAAUGCAUUAAAUCACCAUGAAAUUGACGCCCUUUGAUCCUCACCAUUUAUUGUCGUAAUUAAAAUAUUCAACCAUAAAAGUGUCCCAUUCCUAGCUUCCAAUGAAGUUUGAGAAUGUCAAAAUGAAAUGUAACAGGUUUUUAUUGAAAGAGUAGGUCUAGACCUGCUCUAUAUGAAAAGUGUCUUGAGAUAACUUCUAUUACAAUUUGGCAUUAUAUAAAUACCAGGCCACCUGGGUCAGAAUGUUCUGCAGCCCCAUACCAACCAACUGUGAUACACUGUGUGUACUGACACCUUUCUGUCAGAACCAGCAUGAACUGUUUCAGCAGUUUGAGCUACAGUAGCUCGUCUGUUGGAUCGGACCACACAGGCCAGCCUUCACUCCCCACGUGCAUUAAGGAGCCUUGGCUGCCCAUGACCCUGUCUCCGGUUCACCGCUUUUCCUUUCUUGGAGAACUUUUGAUAGGUACUGACCACUGUAGACCAUGAACACCCCACAAGAGCUGCAGGUUUGGAGAUGCUCUGACCCAGUCGUCUAGCCAUCACAAUGUGGCCCUUGUCAAAGUUGCUCAGAUCCUCACGCUGCCCAUUUUUCUAUUCUUCUAACACAUCAACAUUGAGGACAAAAUGUUCACUUGCUGCCUAAUAUAUCCCACCCACUGACAGGAGCCAUGAUAACCAGAUAAUCAGUUAUUCACUGUCAGUGUUCACAAUGUUAUGGCUGAUCAGUGUAUAUAAAUAAAAUUGAGUUGAACUUGGCCUAUAAUGUUCAGCUACUCCCACCGAUUUCUAGUGCCAUGCCAUUGCACAUAUGUAGCAAAUGUUCAUUGGUAGUUUGUUCACAGGCAUACAGGCCGUAUAAAAGAUCCCCAUUGACCUCCAAGCAGUUGUUACGAUGGCAUAUCUAGUAAUGCUGGGAGAUAUUACAGCCCAAGGCAAUUUGUUUUCCCACGUGGUCACUCCUGAGGAAACAUUUCAGUGAGCCUUUUCUGGCUUCCACCUGUUGUUUCGAUUCUUCAGUCGUGAAAUGAUUUCUCUCUUUAGCUUUAGAGGCCAUGGCUCUUUCUUCCAUCACUCCUUUCUCCAUGAUACACCUCUAGCCAAACUAUGUCCUAAUAUGGAGAAAUGGUGGUGGGGCAUGGCAGUAUGCUAAUCGCAAUAUAGUGACCAUUCAUACAAAGCCUUUUUUUGAAAAACUGUACAUAUUGUUAGCUACUGUAUCAAUCAUAAGUUACCCUAUUUAUGCCUUGUGUAGCAUUUAUUAAAACAUUGAACAUUUGGGAAAAUCCAUUGUGCUUUUAAACUGAAUUCCACUAUGAGCACUAACUCACACUAGACCUGACGUUUUGUACAUGUUCUUUCAGCAUCUGCUGGGUCACUGUCACUUUGGUCCAGUUGUUAAGAGUAACAUACAAAGUCCCAUAGGAAGUGCUAAAGAUGGAGCUAAUGGAAAGCAAUGGCUAACUAUGUUCCCCUUAUUUUGGGAUUACAAUUUGGAUUAAAUAUGCACCAAAGUCAAAACAAACAAAGUAUAGAGUGGUUUCUAAGUUUGACUUUAAAUGUAAAAGAAUAUUGGAUUAGUUUCUUUUAAACCAACUAACACAGCAACAGUACAAAGCUCCUUUCCUGAAUAUAGAGAUUACAAAAUAUUUGUGGCACAUGAUGCUUUAAAUGAUUAAAGGCAAACUUUUUAUGUCCACUUUUGUCAGUACAUGUGUUGGUACUGGUCUUAAUAAUAAUAAACCUACAGUACAACCUACUAAGGCUUUACACAGCUGUGGAAUCAGACAUCUGUCUUGUGCACACUUGUGUUUUGAUCAGAAAUGGAACCAAACAUGAAGGUGUAUCAUUUGGUCUCAGUUAGCUGGUGCAAAGCCAACACCUGAAUUGUAGUCCCAUUAAACCAAGUGCCAUUUUGCAAAGUUUUCUUCUGUGAUCCCCCAAAGUACUGUCUGCAUUGUCAGCUAAAACAGAAGGUCCCCAACUCUGUUAUUGUGUGUACCAUCUAGGAACAAGACUGUGUGUUGCUACCAUUUAGGUUCAGUAUCCUGUCAGAGCUAGGCCUAAAAAUGUCAUGAUUUCUAAAUGUUCAUGUAAAUGCUAGUAGUCCAACCAUUUGCUGAAUAAGCAAAUGCAUAAAGAACACCUUCACAUUCUUA